GGCACCGGUCCGGGAGAACGGAGCGUUGUGCACGGCGACAGCAUGGCUUCGUCUCACGGGAGAAGCGACAUGCGGUUUGCGGACUGGAUGGCAAGUUUACCGCAGAGUAUGCACACUAUCCCGCUUACUAACCUGGCUAUUCCAGGUUCCCAUGAUUCCUUCAGUUUCUACAUCGACGAGGCGUCUCCAGUGGGCCCCGAGCAGCCAGAGACCGUGCAAAACUUUGUUUCUGUUUUUGGCACGGUGGCCAAGAAGCUAAUGAGGAAGUGGUUAGCUACACAGACUAUGAACUUCAUCAGCCAACUGGAGGCUGGGAUCCGCUUCUUUGACCUUCGCAUCUCCACCAAGCCCCGUGACCCCGACAACGAGCUGUUCUUCGCCCACGGGCUCUUCAGUGCCACGGUGAGAGAAGGUCUAGAGCAGAUCAGCAGUUUCCUGUCAGCUCACGCCAGAGAGGUCGUGUUCUUGGACUUCAACCACUUCUAUGGUGUGCAGAACUUGCACCAUGAAAAACUGGUGGCCAUGUUAAAAGAAGUGUUUGGAGAAAAACUCUGCCCAGUUGUCUUCGCUCAAGAGGUGACUCUGCAGUAUCUGUGGGAGAAGGAGUACCAGGUGCUUGUCUUCUACCACCACCCCAUGGCCCUGGAGGUGCCCUUCCUGUGGCCAGGCCAGAUGAUGCCCUCUCCCUGGGCCAACACCACAGACCCAGAAAAGCUGGUUCAGUUUCUCCAAGCGUCUGUCACUGACCGCAGGAGGAAGGGGACCUUCUUUGUCUCCCAGGUGGUUCUGACACCGAAGGCCAGCACUGUGAUGAAGGGCGUGGCGAGCGGACUGAGAGAGACAAUCACGGAGAGGGCUUUACCGGGCAUGAUGCAGUGGAUCCGAUCGCAGAGACCCGGAGAGAGCGGCAUCAACAUUAUCACCGCUGACUUUGUGGAGCUUGGAGAAUUCAUCAGCGCUGUCAUCACCCUCAACUAUCACCUGGACGAUGAUGACGAUGACGCCACCUGAGAGCUCACAGGGGGCGUCAGGGAGCACAGUCACCACCAGUGGUUUGAUCUGUGCUCUCACUCUUUUCUCUUUGGCAUUUAUUUAAGGAGAGGAGUUGCACUGCUCCUUCCACUUUAUUUAGGGCUAUAGUGAAUUGGGAGAUGAAAUGGCAAAAAGGAAGAGAGGUUGUGAUUGGGAGAAACAACCCUGGUGUUUGGUUGGAGCACGAAGAGAAUGAGGUUUUGUUUGUUUCCCAUUUGGGGGAUGAAAUAUCUUCUUUUUUUUUUUAAGUGAAAUGUUCUUUUUUUGGAGAUGUUCAUUUUCUUUACUUCCUGUGCUGUAAAAAAUAACUGCUUUUUCCACUGAUCAAAUGCACCGUUUUCAGGCUUACCACUUCGCCAAGGGUAACAGCACAUCAACCUUCUGCUAAACAUCAUUCUUGGUAUUCUAGUGAUAGUGACCAUUUUUUCAGAGGGUGUUUUAAAAUAAGUCUAUGUAAUGUAAACCACUCCCAUUGUAGGCUGGUGUACGUAGAUAACAGUUGUAUGUCUUGUUUGGGAAACCUGUUCAGUAGGGUUUUAUUUGUUUCUUUGUUUUUUUACAAUAUGCACCCCUGGUCAGAUCUCUGCUGUUGUUUCUGAAAAGAUGCCUCAAGCAGCUUGAUGCAGUGUGCUAUUACAACGUGUUUAACCUAAUACAUAGACAAGAAGUGAAUCAUUUGUUUCUUCAGCAGUGAUCUCUCUAGGGGCUUUCUCCCCAUUAUGUCUCCACUGAAGUCAGCUUGCAGCCUAGACAUUAAUCAUACACAUUGGAAAACAAUUAAUUCACUCAUUAAAAACCAGAGAGAAAUAGAGAGUGAGAGGGCAGCCUGGGUAAAUGUCGAUGAUAUAAGACAUUUAUAAUGAUUAGGAAUCCAAUGUGACAAAUUUAGUAGAUUUUGGGGUGGGUGCGGAGUCGUGAUAGCAAAGUAUAAAAAUAUAGUAUGUCCAGGUACAAGAGUGUUAACCACCGUCUGUGUUUCCUCUGCUGAAUGCUUUCACCUUGUGUGUGUGUCUAUACUUACUGCUGUAGUGCAGCAUACAGUACAUGAGUCAUCCUGAGCUGUAUCACGGUGUUGUGUCUUUCAUAAUAACAGGUGAUAAAGUUGCUUAACACUCACGCAGAGACUCGUUUUUUUUCUUUUUAAGUCAGGAAAGGGUGAUCAACCAAAAUCAAAAGGUCUUGAUGUCACAACAGUAUUUUGACACUUGGAAAAUAGUACAAUAAAUGUUUAGUUAAGAUCUAGCUGUAGCUCUUUGGUGUUUGAUGUUUUUGAAUCCCCGAAAUUUCUGCUAUAUGUAUACUGGUGCAAUACAUUUAGUAUGCUUUCAAAUUUUGUUCAUGUUUUCACAUAUUUCUUUCUAUAUCCUGCAGUGCUUCAUAUGAGGUGGGAAAGGACUUUGAAAUGGCAACCAGAAAGAUAAUUCAAAUUUUUAUUGCAAGGUUUUGUGCAUUAUGAAUGGAAAAAAAACAAAUUGCAUACUACAACAUCCACACACCUUAUGAUAAGCGUGGCGUUUUCUGCAGAGAAUGUAUUCUGUAAGGACACUGUUUGUCUAGUUUGGUAAUGUAAAACCAGAACAGGAAACUCAACUCUUUGGAUUUGUGAAUGUAUGUGUCUUGUGAGUGCCAUUUCUAAAAGUCUCCUGUGAUCGAGUGACUGAGUAUCAGCCAGAAAGUCAUUUUUGCAUUGUUUGCUUCAGUGUGGAAAUGAGUUCAAGUUUAAACAGUAACUUCUUUCACCUCAGUGUGGUUUCACGUUAAAAUGUUUUAUAUUGUGGAAAGUUUGUACAUACUGUAAUUUCAAAUAGUAUACUGCCACUGAAUUGUAAAUUCUUUAAAGUAUUGCGAGUCACUGAUAACAAUUUAACCAAAUUAAUUUUACCUAUACCUUAACUGAGCUGUCAUACUUUGUUCUUGUUCAUAUUUUCAGUUUUGUGCAUGAACGAAAAAGUUCUACAUAUAUACCUUUGUGGUAUACCAACAAGGUCUAUUAGGUUUGUGCAUCUAAUUGGUUAAAUUCUGCAUAUUGUUCUUAAGAUUUGAGUGCAUCACAGCUGGAAAUGUUUUUAUCCUUCAAAACAAAUCUCUAUAUUAAUUUAUUUUUAAAUGUUGCACUGCUACUACCACAUACACAUAUACAAGAAGGAGCCCACGCAAAUGAGCAGACUUUUAAAAGGCUUGCAAACGUUGUUGUAAGGACAUUUGUGUCUUCCCUGGUCCAAACUGUUGUCAAUGCCUUUAUGUUCUGGUGUGAAAAGAGUCCUUUGCUGUUGUAAAACGCCAAAACUUUUGUUCAAAUGAAAUUGACUCUGUUCUAAGUGGAAAACGGCCAAUCAAAUAAAGCUUCUGUGACUAAUGA